AUGGAACGGAAAUUUACGAAAUCUCCAGAGAUAAAGCAACAAUAUAAAAUAUUCAUGCAAGAAUAUGAGGAGUUAAAUCACAUGACCGAAGUUUCAAAUCAAGAGGACUCUCGGACAAGCCUCUACCUACCACAUCAUGCAGUUGUGAAACCCGAUAGUGUCACUACAAAGCUCAGAGUGGUAUUCGACGCAUCCUGUCCCACAUCUUCAGGAGUGUCACUCAAUAACAUACUGCGCACCGGGCCUACCAUUCAGCAGGAUCUACUUUCCAUAAUAUUGAGAUUCCGUCAACAUCGAUUUGUUAUUACAGCAGACAUUAAACAAAUGUACAGACAAAUACUUGUGCAAGAUGAUCAACGAGACUUACAAAGAAUCGUGUGGAGGCCUGAUACAAGCGAACCAAUUCGUGAUUAUCGUCUCAAUACCAUCACAUAUGGUAUGGCCAGUUCACCAUUCUUGGCAAUCCGAUGUCUAUAUCAGCUCGCACUCGAAAAUCAGGACAAAUAUCCGGAAGCAAGCAAGAUCAUACGCAAUGACUUCUAUGUUGACGAUCUAUUGUCUGGUGGUAACGAUAUAAGCACGCUACAACGGCUUAAAGCUGAAUUAAUCGAAAUUUUGCAGUCUUCAGGAUUUUCCUUUCACAAGUGGAACACAAACGAGCCGGCAAUCUUUGACAGAUCCUCGGAAGUCCAAGAGUUACCAAGAAGUGACGAAAUCAAAACUCUGGGCAUUUACUGGAACACCACAGACGAUUGUUUACGAUAUCGAACAUGCGCGAUUGAGUAA